CAAGGACGUUCAAGGAGUCGUGGGUGGAUGGUGAUGCCGAGGGCAGGAAGGAUCUCCAGUGUUCAAUCUUGCAACAAAUCUGAAAAAGACUGUGACUGAAUACAGUGUUGCUGUAUGAUAUUUUGAUGACUGUCAUGUAACAUGUCCUAAGAAGCAAUGCCUCAACGAAAAGAAAACAUGAACAGAAGUCUACAGAAAAAAGACAUCACAGCCACCCCAACAACACAGGAAGGUGAGGGGGUGCUGGUUAGUGUGGCAGAGUUCUCAAACGUCACGACUCAUUGUGUGAUGUCAUGACUAAUCAUGCUUGUGAUGUCAUCAUCACUGUUCUUUAUAUGUAGCAAACUUCUACCUUCUUGUCAUUUGCUUGCUACACCACUGACGAGUUCAGAAGUACGCAAAGCGCUUUCGAAGUCAAGGUUGAUAUUGUUUGCAGAUCAAGAUAUGUCAUAUCAGAGGCCACAGUACUCCAACAGCGGGUCGAGAUCCCAGCCGAGAUCCCAGUCGAGGGCAUGGAGAGCUGGACAACACCAGCAAGGCUGGAAUGAGAACAGGACAUCUGCCAAUGAGCUCCAGAGAGAGGUCCAGAGACUUGGCUCUCUCCUGGAAAUGGAGAGAGCAAGAUGGUUUCAGGAGAAGCAAAAGGUAGUCAGUCUGGAGAACGAACUGAAAGUUACCAAAUCUGAGUUGGAGAAGCAGAAAAAUCUCAAGGAGGUUUUUAUCAACAAGGGCAAAGAAAUUAAGAGAACACUACUGGCAGUAGAAAAGUUUACCGUUCCAGAGACUCUCAGCCCUGAUGUUGUCGCCUCCAAUGUACACGGCGAAAUAAGACGCAAGAAGAAAAAGCUGCUGCAGCAGGAGUUCGAGCAAUUGCAGGCCACUCACACUGCCAGCAAGGAAACAUUUAUGUCACAGAUCCGGGCAGAAAAAGAAAAAAGUGACGCCCUCCAACAAGAGCUGAACCAAGUGAAAACUCAGUACGAGGAGCUUCGAUCAAAAUAUGAAGCCGACGUUCGUGAGGGGAAGCUGCAGGUCGACGCGGAGAUGUUUUAUGAAGAGAAACUCAAGCAGACCCAAAAGCUCUUUGAAAAUCUGAGAGCUGAGAAGGACGAUCUCCGAGAACAAAUGUCUAAAGAGAUCGCCUGUCUGCAGAAAACGGAGAAAAGUCUGCAGAGUGAGCUGGAGGAGAUUAAGGUUUCUUUCCAGGAUCUUAAGGCUACAUAUGAAAGGGACGUUUCUGCUCUAAGAGAGGAAGCACAAAUAUUUAAGGAGGGCGCAGAUAAAGAGAUAAAAGCUCUGUCACAGAAAACGAUGAGGGACCUAAAGAUUAUCAAUGAACUUGGAGCCGAGAAAGACAAUCUCCAAAAACAACUCAGUGCCCUCCAGCAAAUGUAUUCCACCUGUGAGCUUAAUUACCAAACGGAGCUCAGAGACAGAGAGGAAGUUGGACCUCGAAGAAGAAAAGUGGCCAGGCGUCAAGUAAGAAAUAAGAACGAGACUACCGCUGUAAAUAACAUCUCUGACCCGGCAUCCAUGGAUCUGGACCGUCUGUUAGAGGAAACACUGUCAAAGGAUUUUGAGAUACCUGAUGCAUCUCCUGAGGAGCUGAAUGACUUUAUAGAGGAGAUGCUGAGAGAUUCAGGCAUUCUUUAUCCUAAUCCCAUGGAAGUGACAAACCUCUGUGUGAAAACUCAGGUCAGAAAAAAUCGAAAGCCCAAAUCCUGAACCUGUGGAGGCAAGAGGCCCUUCAACCAGUUUGGAAAAGAUACUGCACUCUCUGGGUCUCAAGAAUCCGCAAAAAUGGGACAAAUGCAAAGAGGUUACUAAAACAAGCAAUUAGAACCCUUUCAAAAACCUCCAAAUAUAUCUCAAAUUAUGCACAAAAUCACAAAAACAAAUCAAAUAAGCCACAUGGCUUAGCUGCAGCCACUCAGAAAACUGGGAACCUCUU